AAUGUUCACAUUUUCGGUACCCAAGGAUCCGGUCUCGGUGCGGUUGGGACAUGUUGCCACCAUGCCAUGCUCGCUCACCCCUUCCAUGAACGCGGAGGGCCUGGAGGUGCGUUGGUACCGGCCCAAACAUUUCGACAACCCGGUCUUGCUCUACAGAGAGAGACAGAUCCAGGAAGCCUUACAGCAGGCCCAAUACGUGGGCCGCGCCUCCCUUGGGCUCCGGGAGGUUACGUCAGACAGGCUGAAGGGAGGUGAUGUGACCUUGAAGCUGGUUAAUGUCACUCUGAGAGACCAAGGGGAAUAUGUGUGCUACGUCAGCAGUGACCAGGGCUAUGAGAGUGCCAGUGUCUUUCUCAACGUGACUGUGGUGGGCACCCCUCCUCUCCUCUCAGCGGUGAGAAGAGAUGCUGACUCUGUGAACGUGAGCUGUGUUUCCCAUGGAUGGAAGCCUAGGCCCAGCCUACAGUGGUCAGAUGGGAGGCAGACUCUGAAACCUGAAAGGCUGGACUACAGCAGUGGUGCCCAAGGUCUGGUGUCUGCCCACAGCUGGAUCCUCUCUUCCCACUCCAGUGCUCCCUGGGUAUCCUGUUCUCUGGUUCUGUCUGAAGGGGAGGAGUGGGAGGGAAGAGUGGACCUACGGAACCUUGCGGCUGUACCGGAGGCUUCAUCAGGACUGCAAACAGCUGUCAUCAUUUUAGCUCUGCUCCUGGUCCUGUUCGUGGUCUUCACUGGUGUGCUCUACAAAAAGAGAGGAAGAGAAUCAACACGUGUGCCUAAAGGGGAUAUAGUGGAUAUAGAGACUAUGAGACAAGCUGAAGAUAUAGUGGAUAUAGAGGCUAUGAGACAAGCUGGAGUGGAUGUCACACUGGAUCCCAAAACAGCUCCUCCUUAUCUAAAAGUUAGUCCAAAUGACCGCAGACACUAG